UAUGUCAGACUGGUUACGAGUCUAGUUCACACCGCGACUGUCAUCCUUGGAACAUUCUCGCCCUCCAUUACAUACAGUAAACAUGGUCAGAGGACGCAAGAAAGAUUUGACUGCUCCCCCUACACGACAGCUUACACAGCAGCGCGAUUACCGGGCGCGUAGAGCUCAAUAUCUUACCGAGCUUGAGCAACGAUGUCUAAGGGCCGAAGAGGAGAAUGUACGAUUACGACGCGAGCUAGAACUAGCUCGAGCUGCCAUGCCCUUGGGCUUGCCACAGGAAGUCGCACAAGCAUCAUCUGAGCUACUCCGCGACCUACUAAACGCUUCUGCAUCGAUCGCGCGCUUCCAACAGAUCACCGCACCUCGUACGCCAGUCCCUCCCGACGACAAUUCCUUCCAUCAACGCCAACCACCAAUAUCCUCAUAUUCACAACCACCCUCAGGUCCUAACGGCCUUCGCUCUUCCGAAUCAUCCUCCCCUCGUCAAGCACCUUCACAGCCCAUUACGCCUUCGCAUAUUCUUGCUCUUCAAGAAUCUCGAGCUCGCAUGGCACCUCCAAAUCAGAUACUGUUCCCUACUGAUGGACAACGGAAAGAUCGAGCUUCUGCAUCCUCGUCGGCCAGUUCGCAAGCUCAAGCAACGAGCCCAUCGCCAAGCCUUGGUUCCGAAGAGUGUUGUGGGGGGUAUAUCGAUUGCACUCAACUAUUAGAAGAGAAAGAGGGUGAGGUUGAGGGUGAUGAUGAAGAGGGAGAAGGAGACGAGGAUUUUCGAAUGUAUCAUUUCACACACACGUCACAACUUCGUUUCAGUCAAGGUGACUUCCGAAAAGAUACUGAACGCUAAAUACUUGGAACAGCAGUCAGAAUUUCGUAUGGUGUAGCUAUCCUGCGUCGCUGUUACAUUGACAUUG